UGGUGCCGCGGAUGCUGGAGGUGAAGCUUCUGUCUCGGCUCUUUGUCCCGCUGCAGUUCGCGUGGAUCCGCGUGGAUCCUGGAGGUUCUGGAGGUUCGGUUCGGAGUGUUCGCGCUGCCGGAGCUCGGACUCAGCUCGGAGGACCGGAGCCGUGAUCGCGCAUCGACGCGGAGACGAACAACAACUUGGAGUGAGCGUAAACAUUUCUUUGAUCUCAGCUAAACAUGGACUACCCUGAAGACUUCGCGCUGCAGCCGUACAAUUUAUCGUAUUUUCUGAACAACUUCAGUUACCCUCAAAAUGACACCGACUACCUGCCAAUGGGGGUGAAGGUCACCAUCGUGGUCGUCUACAUGAUCGUGUGCGUCAUUGGUCUGGUGGGAAACUUCCUCGUCAUGUAUGUCAUCAUAAGGUACACCAAGAUGAAAACUGCCACCAACAUCUACAUCUUUAACCUGGCCCUGGCUGACUCGCUCUUUCUGGCUACGCUACCUUUCCAGGGCACUGAUCUGUAUCUGGGCUUCUGGCCAUUCGGGAACACUCUGUGCAAAGUGAUGGUGUCCAUCGACUACUACAACAUGUUCACCAGCACCUUCACGCUGACGGUGAUGAGCAUAGACAGGUACGUGGCUGUGUGCCACCCUGUCAAAGCGCUGGACAUGAGGACUCCUCACAAGGCCAAGGUGGUGAACAUCUGUGUGUGGGUGCUGGCGUCCGCCUUCGGAGUUCCAGCGACGUUCCUGGGAAAUGUGGAAGAGCACGAGAACAGUUUGGAGUGCAUAGUGGCUCUGCCCGAGCCAAAGACCCACUGGGAUCCCGUCUUUGGUACCUGUGUCUUCGUCUUCUCCUUCCUCAUCCCUGUGGCCAUCAUCAGCAUCUGCUACAGCCUGAUGGUCAAACGCCUGCGCAGCGUCCGCAUCCUGUCUGGCUCCAAGGAAAAGGACCGAAACCUGCGGCGCAUCACCAGGAUGGUUCUGGUGGUGGUGGCGGCAUUUGUGGUGUGUUGGACCCCAAUCCAAAUCAUGGUUCUGGCUCAGUUUCUGGGCUUCAACCUGAGUAGCCUAUUCACAGUGGUCCUCAUGCACUUCUGCAUCGCGCUAGGCUACGUCAACAGCAGCUUGAACCCCGUGCUCUACGCCUUCCUCGAUGAAAACUUCAAGCGCUGCUUCCGAGAGUUCUGCCACCCGUCUCCAUUCCGCCUCGACCCCCAGCAGUCUGGCAGGAUGAGGAGCAUCGCCAGGGAGGUGGCGGCUGCCUACAGCUGCAAAGCCGGAGACGGUGGGGGGCUAGGGGGAGGGACGCCGAAUCCAGCAUGACUAGGCGUGGAGCUCCCCUUGGUGGGGGUGGACCCCCCACAGAGGGGAGAGACCCCUGGAACUGGGAACUCCAACACAGAAUUGACUCAGAUUACAGCUCUCUAGCGGCACGAGCCCUCCCGCCCCCCAACGAGGAGACUGGCCUGGGGCGGGGGGGAGGGCGACAAGGAGGAUGAGUUUGAAAGGAAAAGGAUUUAGGGAUGGAAAGAGGGGAUGUGGGGACAAGUUUAGAGUGAAGAGUAGCAGAGAUGUCCGAUGCCCAGACUCGUGUUUUGAAACUUUAUGCGAUAAGACGGGUACAUAAAACACUUUGAAACAGCUCUCUGGCCUCUGGAAAAACUCUCAUCCAGCUUCAAGAGAGGUGAUGAAUAUUCAUUCGAGCUCCAAAACAACAGCCUUGUGAAAAGAAACUGGAUCUGUGGCGUCCCUGGAGAGAUGACUCUGUGACGAGAAGGCAGGAGGUGAAGUGAAUGUAUAAUCAGGAGGAGUUUAACAGGAGCUGCCGAUGCCAAAUCAGAAACUCUGAUGCUUUUACAAUAAUUAAAUAGAACAUCGGAAACUCUGUGGACCACGAAGACAUGCAGAGAAGGAGCAGAUCAUUCCUAAAGUGUGAAAUGCUUUCAGUCUGGAGAACUUCACAGUAGGACAUUUUUGCUGCGAUGGUUUUGGUAAAUGGGGGCCACAUGAUGUAAUAUGCUGCUGCCAGCACUUUACUGGGCCAGAAGUGUGACUGGACUGAUGUGAAAUCUGCAGCUUGUAGAGGUAAAAGAGCAAGACGAGAUUCUGUUAAAUGUGGGGGUCAGGUGAAUGUCAUUUCUUAUUUGAGCGACAUUUCUCAGCUGAGACUCAACAAACCUAAGACACCCAUGGAAGGACACGUUUCCUUUGACUUUCUACAUGGUGCUUGUGUGCGGGGGGGUUGGGGGUUUACACUGCACCGUGUUGCCAGAUGCAUCUCACAGUUAGAUAAGGUGUUGUUUGGGAUCUGUGGUGGAGAAACGCGUCGAGGUUUAACCUCCUAGGACCUGGCGUUCAUAUGUGGACGUCACAUUUUUGGUUAUUUAGACUAAAAUACUC